AGUGUGUGUCUUUGCCCGUCCUAGAGUAGUAAACAUGGCGACGCCUGCACGGAACCACGUGUGGGUCGGUACCGAAACAGGAAUUCUUAAGGGUAUAAACCUAGUGAAGAAGCAGGCGACUAACUACACCGAGGUCUCCUCUCUGAACCGGGGCCAGGAGGUCACCGCCAUGUGCUUCGGAGACCCCCAGGAAUCUGAGGUGCUGCUGGGGUGCCGGGAUGGGACUGUAAGAGUCUUCAACACUGAAAAAUCCAAAUUUACUGAGUUUCACGAGUGUGGAGGAGGAGAAGGUGUAUUCCGGGGUCUCGGAGUGCUGGACAAUGCUCUUGUAACUUGUGUGGAGUCGGGGCUUUUAAAGGUGUGGAAAGAAGGCUCAAAUGAAAAUCUAAGGAAUGACUGGCUAGAUCUCCGGGUGCCUGUAUGGAUUCGUGACCUGGACUUUAUCCCAGAGUCUGAUAAAGUAGUCACGUGCACAAGUCAUCAUCAAGUUAGAAUUUAUGAUCCCUGCUCUCCACAAAGACGACCAGUUCUGGAGGUUCUGUUUGGUGAGGAUCCAUUGACAGCUUUAAGCAUCACUCCAGAUGGCAGGUCUGUAGUGGUUGGAAGCUCUCACGGUAACAUGGGUGUGAUUGAUCUAAGGAAAGGUCGUCUUUUGUGUGCCCUUAAGGGUAAUGCAGGUUCCUUGCGCUCCAUUCAGUGUCACAAAUCUUUGCCUGUUGUGGCAUCCUGUGGCUUAGACAGAUUCAUGAGACUUCAUAGCUUAAAUGACAAGAAACUUUUGCAUAAGGUAUAUUUAAAGUCGAGGCUAAACUGUCUACUGUUAACUUCACAAGAAAAGUGGGAGGAGGAAGAAUUGACAUCCGUUGCAGCAGAAGAUGGGAAAGAGGAAGAGGAUGAUGAAGUCUGGAGUAAAAUGGAAACUGUGAUAGACAAAACCAUUUCUAAAAAGAGAAAAGAAGCACAGGAGACCAAUGUGGAGGAUUUAUCAAUGGAAAAUACAUUAAAGAAGAAGAAAGCAGUUUAAUUUUUAGAUAUUUUUACACUGUUAUUUUAUACUUUGUUGAUCAGGUUUUUCCAUUGUUGUUGUAGACAAAAUAUUACCUAAUCUAUGAAUUCAUUAACAUCAUCAUAUCAAAAGAAGCAGAAUCUUGUAAAAGCAGGUUAACAACUAAGCUUGCAGUUUGGUGUCAUAUUGUCCACCAUAUGACAUUUUAUGUAAAGAGCAACAGUUUGUAAGGCUCAAAAAAGAAAUCAGUCCAUCCAGUUCAGCGUAUCAUGCUGCAAAGUUGAUCCUGAGGAAGGCAAAAAAAAAAUGUGGUAGAAGACCAUUUUCUUCAUCUAAGGGGGAGGGGGGAGAAAUCCUACCCGGCUCUGAUAAGGCAAACAGAACUCCCUAGAUCAGGGGUAGGCAACCUCC